GGUCUUGCAGAAUUCACCAGGGGGGAACUUUUCAGCAGGAAUUCUGCAUGAAGUUCCAUGAACAACAUCUGGUCAACCAACCAUCUGGUAUAAGCUAGUUCAGGUCUAGGUCAUUCCCGAAAAAUGUCUGCAUCUGAAGAAUAUCCUGCAUUUAGACUCGGCGAGUCCCGUUUCGAUCAGGGAACCUUUUAUGGCCGGCUACGACACUUCUUGAACGUGAUUGACCCACGCACCUUGUUUGUGUCUGAGAGUCAUCUGAAUGCGAGUGUGAGAAUGUUGGAGCAGUUCAAGAAUGGCUCUCUCCCUCCAGGUGUGACCAAUGCUCAGUUGUGGGAGGCCCAGAAAAUAAAGCAGGCCAUCAUCCAUCCAGACACUGGAGAGAAAAUCUUCAUGCCUUUUCGGAUGUCAGGUUACAUUCCCUUUGGCACGCCAGUGGUGGUUGGGUUGCUCCUUCCCAAUCAGACUUUAUUAUCCACUGUAUUCUGGCAGUGGUUGAACCAGAGUCACAACGCUUGUGUCAACUACAGCAACCGAAAUGCCUCACAGCCAUCAUCAGGAUCAAAGUUUCUUCAAGGCUACUUGGGAGCAGUGACCAGUGCAGUCUCUAUUGCUGUGGGCCUAAGCGUGUUUGUGCAGAAAGCUGAGCGCUUCAGUCCGGCUACUCGCCUCCUCGUCCAGAGGUUCAUUCCCUUUCCUGCAGUCGCUAGCGCCAAUGUGUGCAAUGUUGUCCUGAUGAGGUACUCUGAGUUGAAGGAAGGCAUCAGUGUUCUGGAUGACCAAGGCACAGUGGUGGGAACCUCACAAGUAGCAGCAAGACAUGCAAUCUUGGAGACUGCCAUGACACGAAUGGUCCUCCCAAUGCCCAUUCUGGUCCUUCCUCCUAUUAUUAUGACUUUUCUAGAGAGGUUGCCUGUGCUGCAGAGGCGUCCGCGGCUGGUGUUGCCAGUGCACAGUCUGGUGGUUCUGGCGGCUUUUGGCUUCGCCCUGCCCCUCGCCAUCAGCCUGUUCCCUCAGCAGUCCCAGAUCCACGUGUCUUUACUUGAGCCAGAGAUUGCUGCUGUGACAGACUGCAAGAUCGUGACUUAUAACAAGGGUCUCUAAUCGGUCAGUCCUUAGACUUAGUCCUGAGUGCCUACCAGCCAAAUAAGUAAAGUUUACAACUUCUAACAGAAUACCACUGAAUUUAAGACACACACACGCACACACAUACCUACACACACACACGCACACAUGUACCUACACACACACAUACACACGCACACACCAGAUCUGAGCCAAAUUAUGCAUGAGAUAUUUGUUGUACCCCGUUAGGUAUGUUCAUGUCUCUAAUCAUUCCCAAUCUGAAAGGGGAGCAGACUUAAAGCUGUGUAGCUUUUCCGGGCGUCUCUCAUGUGAACAAGUGUUGUAGGGAUCACAUUUACCUUCAGAAAAAGUAGAAUUUAGCGCUUGCAUUGUGUAUUUUUUAUUAAUGCAUUGGAUGAAUUACAUUUAGCAAUGUGUGACCGUAACCACCUUUGUAAUCUCCUUGCCCCUUUUUGAUAACAUGUUAAUCAUUGUAACCAUCAGAUUAAUUUAUACUAUGAGACCACCUUAUAAUACUAUUGUUUGUAUGCUAAUCUCAGGAUUUAAGUGUGUUAAUGCAAAUAUGUAGCGAUAUUUUUCAUGGUGGAUUAUAUUUUCUUACUAAUUCUGAGUUUAACGGGCACUAUAACCUUGCAUAAAUAUGUUCAAAACGUAA